UCUUGUCACACAUCUCAUAUAUACAUACCAAAAAAAAAGUGAGAUCAACUCAACCAAAAUAACAAUGGUUUCCGAAUUGAACUUGUCCAAGAAUGUGUGCGUGAUCGGAGCCGGCCCGGCCGGUCUGGUCGCAGCCCGGGAGCUGAGGAGGGAGGGCCAUGAAGUGGUGGUCAUUGAACAAAAGCAUGAUGUUGGAGGGCAAUGGCUCUAUGACUCUAAAGUGGAGGAAGAAAACCCUCUAGGCCGAACCCGGUUCUUGAAGGUUCACAGCAGCGUUUACGCCUCGUUGAGGCUGAUCUCGCCUCGAGAAAUCAUGGGGUUCACUGAUUUUCCAUUUCGUGGCAAGAAGGGUAGGGACAUGAGGAGGUUUCCUGGCCAUAAAGAGCUUCUUCUCUACUUGCAAGAUUUCUGUGACUCCUUCGGGUUGAGAGAGCAUAUCCGGUUCAAUACUCGGGUUGAGAAUGUGGAGAUGCUUGACUUCCCUGUUCUUGACAAGGAGCAUUUGAAGUGGGUGGUGAAAAGCAAGGCGGAGAAGGAGAAGGAGGUGGAGGAAGUCUAUGACGCGGUGGUUGUAGCCACCGGACAUUACUCCCACCCAAGGUUGCCUUCAAUUAAAGGAAUGGAUGCAUGGAAGAGAAAACAGAUGCACAGCCACAUAUACAGAGUUCCACAUCCAUUCAAGAAUGAGGUAGUUGUGGUCGUUGGGAGUUCUUUGAGUGGACAAGACAUUUCAAUGGAGCUUGUGAAUGUGGCAAAGGAGAUCUACCUAAGUUCUAAAUCCCCUGAUAUUUCUCAAGGCCUAUCAAAAGUCAUUGCUAAACAUGAUAAUCUAAACCUCAAACCACAGAUAGAGUCCCUACACGAGGACGGGAAGGUCCUAUUCCGUGAUGGCUCGUGGAUCAUAGCCGACACCAUCAUAUACUGUACCGGGUACUCAUAUUCAUUCCCAUUUCUUGAUACUAAAGGAAUAGUGAGGAUAGAAGAUGACAGGGUGGGACCCCUCUAUGAGCAUACCUUCCCUCCUUCACUAGCACCUUCUCUAUCUUUUAUUGGCAUCCCAAGAAAGAUCAUAGGGUUUCCUUUCUUUGAAUCCCAAGCAAUAUGGAUUGCUCAACUCUUGUCUGGAAAACGGAGUUUGCCAUCAUGGGAUGCUAUGAUGCAAUCGAUCGAGGAGUUUUAUGACUCGAGGGAGGCUGCUGGCAUCCCAAAGCACUACACACAUGACAUUGCUGAGUUUGAGUAUUGUGACAAAUACGCGAACUACACUGGUUUUCCGCAUUUGGAGGAGUGGAGGAAGGUGCUUUGCAUCUCUGCGAUUGUGAAUGCUGAAGCGAACUUGGAGACAUAUCGCGAAUCGUAUGAACAAGAUGAGGAGAUGCUUCAAGUUGCUUAUACCAGCACACAUUUUACUCAACAUGGACCUCAAGAUUCUACCUAAUUAGAAACUGGAUGGAUCUAUUUAUUGAAUUUUCACAACACAAUUAUGUGUUGCAUUAGUACUACAAGAAUUCACCAUCAUAGAUUGCCAAAAUAAAACAAGUUUUUUCAUAUUGAGAAAACCAAA